AUGAUGGAUCGUUUUCUAGCUCUGAUGCGUAUUCUGAGCAGGAAGAGGAGAGGGAGAAGGUACCGGGCCGAUGAUGAUUAUCAGGAGGGCUACGAAGACGUUUACUACUACACCAGCAAGUACAACGCACACCUACUGAAUGAAGGGCCGUACACCAAACACUCGGGGUCUCGACCUCCGGAUGGAGCGCUGGCAAUCAGGAGGCAGAGUAUACCAGAUGAGUUCCGCGGCUGCUCAGUUGUGGAGUUGAUGAAAAAAGAAGGAACGACGCUCGGUUUGACAGUUUCAGGAGGCAUCGACAAGGAUGGAAAACCACGAGUGUCAAACCUACGACAAGGAGGCAUCGCCGCCAGGAGUGACCAGCUCAACGUGGGAGACUACAUUCGCGCUGUUAAUGGCAUUAACUUGUCCAAGUUCAGACAUGAUGAGAUCAUCAGCCUACUCAAAAAUGUCGGAGAGCGGGUCGUGCUGGAGAUUGAGUAUGAAUUGCCACCUGUUUCUGUGCAGGGCUCAGGUGUUAUGUUUAAAACAGUGGAGGUCACGCUUCACAAGGAAGGGAACAGCUUUGGCUUCGUUAUCAGAGGAGGAACUCAUGAAGACAGGAACAAGUCUCGGCCGAUUGUCAUCACCACAAUCAGACCGAGCAGUCCUACCGACAGAGAAACAACCAUUAAGCCAAGUGAUCGAUUGCUCAGCAUUGAUGGCAUUCGUCUCCAUGGCAGCACACUGUCGGAGGCCAUGAGCAUUCUAAAGCAGUGUGGGCAGGAGGCCACUCUGCUGAUUGAGUACGACGUGUCCGUGAUGGACUCAGUAGCCACAGCGUCAGGUCCCCUUUUGGUAGAAGUUGCUAAGGCCACUGGCUCAAGCCUGGGAGUUGCUUUGUCAACAUCUAUGUUCUGCAACAAGCAAGUCAUCAUAAUUGACAAGGUCAAACCAGCCAGUAUAGCUGACAGAUGUGGUGCCCUUCAUGCUGGAGAUCACAUUUUGUCUGUUGAUGGAAAGUCAAUGGAGUUUUGUUCUUUGGCUGAAGCAACUCAGUUACUCUCAGCCUCUGGUCAGACAGUUCGCCUGGAAAUACUUCCCCAACAUCAAGCCAGACCUGCUCUGAGUGCACCUCAACAAGUCAAGGUGCAGCGUAGUCCCCGUCCCUUACCCUGGGAAACUGGAAGCUCCACCCCCUUACUUCCCCCAUACCACUACAACACGUACCACCCUGACCAAUCAGGUGCCAGGUCGCACAACCGCCAUACAAACAAUCCUUCUCUCAGUCACUCCUUCUCACCUGGAUCCAUGUCCGCCUACAGUCUCUCAUCUCUCAACAUGAGCAACGUGAGCACACUGCCCAGGAACAUGUAUCCCACUAGUCCGCGAGGUACACUCGCGAGGAGAAAGGGCAAAAAAAAGGACUUUAAGAGUUCAUUGUCUCUGGCGUCCAGCACAGUGGGCCUGGCUGGUCAGGUGGUUCACACAGAGACCACCGAGGUGACCUUGUUAGGCGAUGGAAUAAUGGGAUUUGGUUUGCAGCUACAGGGAGGAGUUUUUGCAACAGAAACACUAUCUUCCCCCCCUUUAAUUGCCUACAUAGACCCUGACAGUCCAGCCGAAAGGUGUGGAAUCCUACAGAUUGGUGACAGGAUUUUGUCCAUAAACGGCAUUCCAACAGAGGACUCCACGUUAGAAGAAACCAAUCAGCUACUGAGAGACUCGUCCAUCACAGCUCAACUCACUCUGGAGAUAGAGUUUGAUGUAGCAGAGUCUGUAAUCCCCAGUUCGGGCACAUUCCAUGUGAAACUCCCAAAAAAACCUGGAGUGGAGUUGGGAAUCACAAUCAGCUCUCCGUCUAACAGAAAACCUGGUGAUCCACUGAUCAUCUCUGACAUCAAGAAGGGCAGCGUGGCACACAGGACGGGCACAUUGGAGUUGGGAGACAAGCUGCUGGCUAUUGAUAACAUUCGAGUGGAGAACUGCUCUAUGGAGGAGGCGGUCCAGAUCUUACAGCAGUGUGAAGAGUUGGUCAAAUUAAAGAUCCGCAAAGAUGAGGAUAACUCAGACGAACAGGAAGUGUCAGGCAGUAUAAUCUACACCGUGGAGCUGCAGCGAUACGGAGGUCCACUCGGCAUUACCAUCUCAGGCACCGAGGAACCAUUUGACCCCAUUAUUAUCUCGUCCCUGACCAAAGGAGGACUGGCAGAAAGGACUGGGGCAAUCCAUGUGGGAGAUCGUAUUCUUGCCAUUAACAGCAGCAGCCUCAAAGGCAAACCUCUCAGUGAAGCCAUUAGUUUACUGCAACAGGCUGGAGAGACAGUGACUCUGAAGAUCAAGAAGCAAGGAGACUUGUCGAGUCCAAAGACUUGUGUGAUUGGACCCGGUAUGAUAGAAAUUGGACUUGGCCAGGAAAACCAUGAUGGAGAAGAGGAACCCGUGAUUACCGUGAUCCCUCCGUUGGGGCAAAGAUCAUUUUGUAACCUCCCGUCUGUUGACAGCGCAGUAGAAUCAUGGGAUGGCUCUAAUUUAGACAGCACCUUCACCAGUCCGGCUCCAACAUUUCAGUCCGUUCCUUUUGGUUUCCACGAGUGGCGCAAUGCAAAGGCCACAAACAGCCAGUCCUCGUCCUCCACACGCCAGAGAGUCAACCCUCUCUCGGAUCUGGGCCUCAGCGAUGAUGACUGGGACCAUGCACCACUCGGAGGGUUCAGCGUUGCCCAUGACGGGACAGAUCCAGACCAGGAGGAGAACUUCUGGUCUCAGGCACUGGAAGACCUGGAGACGUGCGGUCAGAGCGGGAUCCUGCGCGAGCUGGAGGCCACAAUCAUGUCCGGCUCCAGCCUCAGCCUGAACCACGACCCCACGCCUCUGCGCAGCACACUGGGACGCCAGGCGAGCUUUCAGGAGCGCAACAACUCCCGUCCGCAGGUGAGUGCACGGUCUAACACGUUACCGUCGGACCCGCAGCGCAGAGCCUUUGCCAUGAAGAAGAUGCGUCAGGAGGUGAAUGAAAUCCUCAACCAGAACCCAGUGGAGCUCCAUAAGCUGACUCUGGAAAAGACUUCGGAUCUGGACGACUUUGGAUUCAGUGUGUCAGACGGUUUGUUGGAUCGUGGGGUGUACGUCAACAACAUUCGACCUGGAGGCCCAGCGGAGCAAGUCGGGUUGAAGGCUUUUGACCGGAUACUACAGAUAAACCAUGUCCGGACCAGAGACUUUGACUGCUGCCUCGUAGUUCCUUUAAUCGCAGAGUCCCCAAACCGCCUUGAACUGGUCAUCAGUCGAAAUCCCACUUCCUCCGUCAUGACAAAUCACAUCGACAACAACUCUUUGUCUCCACCAGUGAACCCCAACAUAGAACCUACUGAGCUGUCCAUGAGUGGAGAAGACGCGGUAACUGAGGCUGAAGGAACCUCAACUCAGACCUUAUUGUGCCACAUCAGCACAAACUCUGGUGGAACUGCUCACUCGUGUUGA